ACUAAAGAAGAAGAGAAAGAUCUUAGCCAAAGUAGCGUAGCUGGUCCAUCCUCAAGUAAGUCAGUUGUACCUUCCAUUACGGCCGAAGAAGAAGAAGCUAUUCUGAGUGCAAUUGAAAAGACACCAACGACCGCGGCGACAGUAAAGCAGUUGACGAAGCUUGAAAUUGAAGCAAAAUUUUCUGAAAUAGUCCCUGCCCCUCCACCAGAAGACCCUAGAGAGUUAGACGUUUUAGAAAAUGGGUUUCGGAGCUCAAAUAAUCAACGGCCGAGGGCAACAUUUUCAUCACAAGUCAUCACUAUUGAACAGAUGUGUGAGGAAACCGACAGUUCGGCAAGACGUUUCAGUGUUUUUAUCCGAUUAUUCACAGCUUUAAGGGCAAUUCGCUUACCUAGGAGGCGUGCGAGGGAUUUAGAAAGAACCGAUUCUUUUUUGGAGAAGUUUUCUAAUGGACCCAAGCCUACGCAACCAAGCGACGAAGACAUUCCAACACAUUGCUGGGGAAGAACCUUGGUGGUGGAUCCAUCAGAAAACUUCCACUACCGAUGGUUAUCUGUGAUUUCUAUUGCCUUGGUCUACAAUGUUGUCAUGAUAGUCGGACGAAGUGUCUUUUGGGAGCUGCAGCGACUCUCGCCAAUUACAUGGUACUGCCUGGAUUACGUGUGUGAUGCAGUCUACUUCAUCGAUAUGGUUAUACAUGCAAGAACAGGGUUCCUGGAGCAAGGUUUGUUGGUUCGGGACUCCACUCAACUCUUGAAAAACUACAUUCAUUCUCAUCAGUUUAAGAUGGAUGUUUUAAGCUUAGUUCCAACUGAUCUGAUGUACCUGAUCACAGACACUACAUGCAAUCUGCAUGUACCUUGCGUAAUCAUUUUUAGAUUAAAUAGAUUACUUCGUUUUCAUAGAUUACUUGAAUUUUUUGAUCGGACAGAAACUAGAACUAACUUCCCAUAUGCCUUUCGAAUCGCUAAGCUGAUUUUCUACAUUCUUGUCAUAAUUCACUGGAACGCUUGUUUCUAUUUCGCUGUCAGUUAUGCCAUAGGUUUCGGAACAGACACUUGGGUGUACAACAUGUCCACUCCACGAUUUGCUUCGCUCACUCAUCAGUACAUAUAUUGCUUUUACUGGUCAACAUUAACUCUCACAACGAUUGGAGAAAUGCCUUCUCCUGUAAGAGAUGUUGAAUACAUAUUUGUUGUGGUUGAUUUCUUAAUUGGAGUACUAAUCUUUGCAACUAUUGUAGGUAAUGUUGGAAGUAUGAUUACUAACAUGAAUGUAACACGGUCAGAGUUUCAAAGAAGAAUGGAUGGCGUAAAGCAAUACUUAGAAUUUAGGAAAGUGAGUAAAGAACUUGAGAAUAGAGUCAUUAAAUGGUUUGAUUAUUUAUGGAUUAAUAGGCAAUCUUUAGAUGAAGAUGAUGUAACGUCAGUGCUUCCGGAUAAAUUAAAAGCAGAAAUUGCAAUUCAUGUUCAUAUGGAUACUCUAAAACGAGUUAAAGUGUUUCAGGACUGUGAACCUGGGCUGCUCGUACAACUGGUGCUUAAGUUGAAAUUGCAAGUUUUUAGUCCUGGUGAUUAUAUAUGUCGAAAAGGAGAUGUUGGAAAAGAAAUGUACAUAGUGAAAAGAGGGAAACUUCAUGUUGUUGGAGACGAUGGGAAAAAAGUGCUUGCUACAUUGAGUGAAGGAUGUGUUUUUGGUGAACUCAGCAUUUUGAACAUUUCAGGUGUGAGGACGGGAAAUAGAAGAACAGCAAAUGUUCGUAGUUUUGGAUUUUCCGAUUUGUUUUGUUUAUCAAAAGAAGACCUUUGGAAUGUCUUAGCUGAGUAUCCUGAAGCUCAAAAAAUGUUGAUUGAAAGAGGAAAACAAAUUUUAAUCAAAGAUGGGCUCUUAGAUGAAAAAGAUGCCAAGAGUCACGAGAUAGAUGAGAAAAACCUUCAUGCUCGUUGCGAUAAACUUCAAAUAGCAUUAGAUAAUUUACAAACCAGAUUUGCAAGACUUUUAAAUGAAUACACAAGAUCUCAAAAGCAAUUUAAACAAAGAUUGUGUCGCUUAGAAACUAAACCUUUACAAUCACCACCCGAAAAAUAUGCAAUGCAUGGCUUUGCUGCAGCAGCUGUACAUGUGUCUUCUACUGAUAAUGCCACAGAAUACCUCGAUAGUUAGCAAAAAAUAAACUGAUAUAUUUAGGUGAUUUUUUAAAACAUUCAGAAAAAGAAAACAUACAAGAUAAAUGUAUCUUGAAUUUUACUGUUGCAAUUUACUUUUGAUUUGUUCAAAAGAGAAAAGUAAUUAGUU